AACAUAAAAAGUCAGUUACAGAAAACUUUAUUCUUAACAUAAACUGAGUUAUAGAAAGCUUUAUUCUUAACAUAAACUGAGUUAUAGAAAGUUUUAUUCUUAACAUAAACUAAGUUAUAGUUAACAGCGUUGUUGAUCAGUGUAGUAGAUUUUCUUAGGUCAGUGUGUUAGGUUAGAGUUUAGUCGGAGUAAUGUCUGAGGGUGCUGAGUGGUGGUGCGCCGGUUGGCGUUGGCAGGCACGUCUGGCAGCGCUGCUGGCACUGCCAGUACUACUCACGGGGUUGUAUGGCACCAACUACGUGUUCCUCGCAGCGCAUACGCCAUACAGAUGCCACGUCCCAGAAUGCGAGAACAAGACCCUCGGACCACCCAGUGUCGAGGACUGGCAGCCGGAGUGGAUGGGCUGGUCCCUGCCUGAAGAUUCGCGCUGCCACCGCUGGCAGUCGGUAGAUGGCGCCUGCAGCCGCGACUCCUUCGACAACGGCACUCGCCUGCAAUGCGAGGCCUUUGUCUACCAGACCGGCAGUAGCAUUGUUGCUGAGUUUGAUUUGGCAUGCCAGGAGUGGAAGCGAUCGUUGGUGGGGACGGUGCACAACGUUGGUAUGCUCAUCUCCCUGCCCAUCAUGGGAUUUGUAUCAGACAAGUGGGGCAGAAGAGCGGCACUGAUAGCCAGCGGUUGUGGCGCGGGAUUCUUGGGUCUCAUCAAGUCCUUUGUGAACUCCUAUCCCACGUACCUGGUGGCUGAACUGCUGGAAACUGUGUGUGGCGCAAGCGUAUAUCCAGCUGCUUUUGUGUUGAUGAUAGAAUGGCUGGGUGUUGAACAGAGAAUCCUUGCAAGUUUAGUCUUGGGAAUACCGCUAGCGAUGGGAGCCGCAACGCUAUCAUUGCUGGACUACCUCACAGGUUACUGGAGAACUUGGGCAAGAUUCGCUUACCCCCCGUCCUUUUUAUUGCUCCUGUACCCCUGGUUGCUGCCAGAGAGUGUGAGAUGGCUGACUAUCCAGGGCCGUUUGAACGAGGCUGUCCAAAUCAUUAAGAGAGCAGCGAAAUAUAACAAGGUCAUAAUUCCUCAAGACGGCCUCGAGAAGAUGCUCCUAAAUGAAGCCGAACAAGUGAACAAUAAAGUGGAGGAGAUCAUUGAAGAUGAGAGUCUAUUUAGAGCUUUAUUCAAAUAUGGCGCUCUUCGACGGCGUCUAUGCGUCUGCUUCGUGUGGUGGGCGUCGGCGGUAUUCGUAUUCUACGGGCUGGCGGUGCAGGCGCAUGCGCUGUCCGGCUCCGCGCACGCCAACUAUGCGCUGGUCGCGAGCGCAGAACUACCCGCAUUGAUUGCAAACACGCUUCUACUAGACCGCGUUGGCCGACGACCGCUGCUGACAGUCGCGCUGCUGAUCACGGCCACAGCCCUUAUUACCAUUCCAUGCCUGCCUGAUGCAAACAGCGGUGUAGGCACGGCGCUAUACUUGCUGGGCAAGAUGGGUGCAACGAUGUCCCUGAACGCCCUGUAUGUGUACACAGCGGAGUUGUUCCCUACGCGAGCGAGACAUCGUCUACUGGCCGCCUGUUCUACCAUGGGCAGGCUGGGGGCUAUCCUAGCGCCGCUGACACCGUUGUUGGCGGUGUACAAAUGGUGGCUACCGACGACAUUGUUCGGCGCACUACCGCUGUUGAGCGCGGCGCUGACGCGGCUGGUGCCGGACACGCUGCACCGGCGGUUGCCCGACUCCUUCGCUGACCUGGAGCCCGCGCCGCCCGCGCAAUCCACGCCGCCCGCUGAAAUAGCGUAGUACGAUGUCUAUCGUACUAUAGCCGCUGGACGUUACGGCAGCGCUUGUCCCCAAGCCGUGUUUAUCGUAUUCCCUUAAAGUAGAUGACCGUUCCAAACCAUAUUUACUGUUUUCCGGACGCUGAGUUUUUGGUAUUCCUAUUAAGUGGUAAGAUAUUUUUUUACUUGUAAUGUUAAAGUUAGGAGUUAGUAAAUUGUCGUCAUCAUUGCCGGACGUCUUGGGUGUGGAGGCUAUGUCAAUAAAACUUUAUGCCGCCUCUCCCUUGAUGCUUUGGGAUGUUGGCGGCUUUACAGACCUUGAGGUAUGCUGUAUAGUGUUGCCGAACUAUCGAUAUUAAAACUAUCGAUAGCUUACAUCGAAAAUCAUGUAUCAUGUACUAUCGAUAGGCCUAUCGAUAGAAUCGAUACAACCGAUAUUAUCGAAACUAUUGAUAGCUCAGAACAAGGCAAUACUAUAGAAUGAAUGCAAUACUAUAGAUACUAUUGUAGUUCGUUAAUAACAAACU